AUUGAUCAUUUACACAAGAAUCAAUAACAAGUAUACAGGGAGUUUCAAAUUUGACACCUGAAAAAGCAACAAACUCCCGAAUCUCUAGAGUCUAAACUAUCAGGCUAACCCCUUGGCCGGGGUUGAUCCCUUAAUAAGCUCCUCCCCCUGUUAUUCUAUUUCUUCAAGUUUGUUUGAGAAAAAUAGAAAGAGGAAGAAGAAGGAGAAAUGGAAGGGGAGAUCAGAAACUUCAUAGCAGUCUGGAUCACAGCCUUGCUAUCUCUUUGCUACUGCCACACCAUAUCCAAGUUCAUCCCCAGAGGUGCAACCAGAUUCUGCACCAUCCUCCCAAUCAUCCUCCUCUUCCUCUACCUUCCACUCCACCUCACCACCAUCCACCUUGGUUCCACCACAGCUUUCUUCAUAACAUGGCUUGCCAAUUUCAAACUCCUCCUCUUUGCCUUUGGCAAGGGCCCUCUCUCUUCCAACCCACCCCUUUCACUGCCCUACUUCCUCCUUUUCUCUUGCCUGCCCAUCAAGGUACAACACCACCAAGCACCACCAAAUUCUCCAAAACCACAAGUUAUACAAAACCAAAAAUACCCAUCUCCCCAAACUUCCCAAAAUUCCCAUAAAUCACCCGCAAACUAUGGUACCAAAAUUGUACUCUUAGCUAUGCUCAUACAAGCCUACAGAUAUAAAGAAUCUAUUCACCCUAAGGUAAUUAUGGUCCUUUAUGGCCUCCACAUUUACAUCAACCUGGAAUUGUUGCUGGUCAUUGUGGCGGCUGCGGUCCGAACUUCGGCUCAGCUCGAGCUCGAGCCGCAGUUCGACGAGCCCUACCUUGCUACUUCCCUCCAAGACUUCUGGGGCAAGAGAUGGAACCUCAUGGUGUCCAGUAUCCUGCACCCGACCGUAUACGUUCCCGUCCGGUCUAUUUCCGCCCGUGUGAUCGGGCGCAAGUGGGCCCCACUCCCCGCAACCAUAGCCGCGUUCUUUGUGUCCGGCCUGAUGCAUGAGUUGAUCUUUUACUACGCGGGGCGACUGAGACCCACGUUGGAGGUCACGUGCUUCUUUCUCAUCCAUGGGGUCUGUUUGGCUGCAGAAAUCGCUGUGAAAAGGGCGUUAAAUGGAAAAUUCAGGCUGCCCCGGGUUGUCGCUGGACCGGCGGUGAUCGGGUUCGUGGUGGUUACCGGUGUGUGGCUGUUUAUUCCUGCGUUUCUACGGUUCGAGGCCGAUGUUAUGGUCAAGAGAGAGACGGCUGCUUAUGUUGAGUUCGCCAAGGAAGUAGUUAGAGUCGCCAACGUGAGAUUUAGAUCUUUCAAUGUAGUAAGUGCAUAGGAAACACCUUAAAUAUUUGUUAGGAAGUUCUAAUAGGACUUGGGGUUUCCUGUGAUUUGAGGGCACAACAGGGUAUUAUGUAUGUUGGAAUUCCUUCCGAAUUCGGUGAAUGAAAUCGGUGCAUUCAAAGGGUCUUUCGAGGCAAUUGAAAGAACAUAUAUAUUCAGUUCGAUAAGUAGGUCUUCUGAUUACCACGAUCUAACUGUUUUAUUGUGGUAGACGGACACCGGUACUACCUCCGACAUCCUCGGUGAGGCAGCGAAUCUGUUUUAAAAAGACUCUAUACAGAGUACAUGACUCGGUUUGCUUGUUAACUUGUUUCGUUUCUAUUCAUGUAAUCUGUAUUAUCAUUGGAUCGUUAAUGGAAUUGCCGAGAAGAGCACACACAA